AUGAUAUUUCGAAUAAGGUUUGAUUCAAUACAAUUUUAGCAAAUAUAUCGGGUUAUUUGGAUAUUAGCCAUGGAAUCUGGCAAGAAAAAAAAUUUACAAAAUAAUACCGAAAAUGAACAAUGUGUAGAAAAUAACGCACAAGGAAAAUUAUCAAAUAGUAUACGCCGUCAAUUACGCCGUAAACGUGCCAAAGAUCGUUUACGUAAUCCAGAAACAUCGAAUGAAAUACAAACAAUUGAAUUUGUUCCAACAAAAGUUGCUCCUAAAAUAAUAGGCGUUCAACCGAAAGCUCAACCAGUAAACGAUUCUUUUGAUUUCACACAAUUAUUGGGUAAAAAACAUGAUCCAAAUUUAGAAAAGCGAGAACGAGGUGAUUCCCUUGUAAUAUCAUCGAAAUUAACCAAGAAAAUCGAACGAAAACGUACAUCUAGAAUACGUAGAUAUAAAAAAGAUAAUGCGGAUUUGGUAAACAAUUCGAAUGAUAUUCCAUUCCCAGCCGCUACCACUCACAAUAAUUGCUCCCACAAUCGUGUGGAUGUACGGUUGCCGUUAGUAGGUAACGAAAAUUUACAUUAUUGUUCAUAUUCGGGACAUCACGAAGAAGAAGAAAAACCAUCUGGUGGAAACAAACGCAACGAAUUAUUCGUAAAUAAAUUGGAACAACACGUAAUUCGACAUAUAUUAGAUGCAAAAAAACAGACCAUACGUAUUAAAACCGAAGACGAAAUUAACGCUACUAAAAUGAGUGAGAAACCGGUUAAAGAUCGUGCAACUAUUUUAGCGGAGCGAGAAGCGAAAAAACUAGCAAAAAAAUCGAAAAAGACUACAGAACCCAUUAAAGCAGCACCAAUAAAACUAGCUCAAAAUGAAUCACCUCAGUUUGUCGAUACACCUGAUUUUGCUCGUGGAAUACCCACAAAAACCGUUUCCAAAAAUGAAAUAGUAUCUCCUCCAAUUGUGGAUAAGAGUCCCAAAGAUGAAAUAAAAUGUGAACCACAGAAAAAGGAAGCUCGUCGUAAAUCGUCAGUUAAAACUCAAGGUGAUAGCCCAACUUCACCAACUGCACCUGUAGAAGUUAAAAAAGUACCGCCACCAACGGUUGCAAAGCAAGUAAGUUCAGAGGGAAAAUCACCAGCUAUUAAGCUGGAAAAUUUGACUGAUGAUUGUAAGCAAAGUUUGGAGAAUAAUGAUGAGGGUAAAAGUAAGGCAGAACUUCGUGCUGAAAGACGUGCUAAACAGGAGGCUCAACGUGCCGCCAAAGCUGCUGCGGCUGUAAAGAAAGUUCCAGAAACACCACAUAAAUCAAAAACCACAACUGCCCAAGAAAAGAAACCAACAGAAACUGCGACUCCAUUAAAAUCCACCAUAAAAAAAUCAACAAUAUCUCCAUUACAACACAAAGCACAAAUCUUAUUCAAUCAUUUAUACAUCGAUCGAGAUCAACGUACUGCGCAUGUAUCUGAUACGGAUGGCAUUCAUCCGGCAAUGAUCCGUACCGGUAUCCAAUAUCAAAAAGGUGUAAUAUUUGGAUCGAAUGCUCGUUGUGUCGCCAUGUUAGUUGCAAUUAAAGAUAUGGUCAAAGAUUUUAAAACACCGACUCAAGCUGAAUAUGGACGGAGUUUAGAGAUCACGUUAAAGAAAUGUGUGCAAUAUUUACAUUCAUGUCGACCGAUUUCUGUAUCCAUGACAAAUGCGUUACGAUUUUUUAAGUAUCAGUUAACGUUGUUGCCGAAUAAUGUUAGUGAUGAUCAAGCGUCGAAUAUUUUAACGGAUGCGAUUAAUACGUAUAUUAAAGAACAAAUUGAAAUGGCUGGGCAAGCGAUUAGUAUAACGGUUCAACCGAAAAUUAUUAAUGGUGAUACGAUUUUAACAUAUGGAUGUUCCUCGUUAAUUAAACAUAUCUUAUUGGAUGCACAUCGAAGCGGUAAAACUUUCCGAGUCGUGGUCGUUGAUAGCCGUCCAUUUUUAGAGGGUAAAGAAAUGUUACGUCAUUUGGUAGCAGCUGGUAUUAAAUGUACAUACGUUUUAAUUGCAACAACUAGUUUCAUUAUGGCAUCCGUUAGUAAAGUAUUACUCGGUGCGCAUGCAUUACUUGCCAACGGAAAUGUGAUGUCACGUACUGGUACCGCUCAAGUUGCACUUAUGGCAAAAGCUCAUAAUGUACCUGUUUUGGUAUGUUGUGAAACGUAUAAAUUCUGUGAACGAGUCCAAACAGAUUCAUUUGUUUAUAAUGAAAUUGCGGAUCCAGAUCGAUUAUUGAUCAAUAAAACUGAUGAAACACCCGAUAGUGAUCAAUUAUCAACCGUGAUACCGUUAAGUUUAACAUACGACGUAACACCAUCCGAUUUAGUAACAGCCGUUGUAACCGAAUUAGCUAUUUUACCAUGUACUAGUGUUCCGGUUAUUUUACGAAUAAAACCAACAGACAGUAGUUAUUAAUCAAUUCAUUUAGACAAUUAUUAACAAAUUUUCUAUAAAAUCAACUCACGCAUCUUGAUUGAAAAUGAAAGUACGAAAGAGGAAUACUUAAACAAUUAUUAUUAGAAUGGUUUACUUAAACAUGGCUUCCAUUUUCUAUUUUAUUUCUUUGGAACUAAUUGAAUUGAGAUGGAAUUAUCCAUUCUUAAAAUUCUCCAGACUUUGAAAUUAUUUAGAAAAUGUUACUCACACUCUAUCAAUAAAAAAUUUUCACGUUUAUAUCGAAAAAUGAUUUUAUGUUAGAACCACCUUAAAUAUCUCUUUCAAGAAGAAUUAAUGUUCAAUAUUCCUCAUAAAUUAAUGGCGGCGUCAAGUAUCGAUAUAUAUAAAAUAAAAUUUCAAAUGUAAUUCAAAUUUUGAUGUAAUUUAGAAAUAAUAGGUUAGGUUAGAUGGUUAAUCUAAUCUAACCUAGAAAUGAUAAUAUCGAAAAUACUCAAAACAUAUGUUAAUUUUUUGGGUUCAAAUAACGGAUUUAAUGCCAUAGUAUUCGAAUUAAAUUAUAUUUUAUUUCAAGGAUUGUGGUAUUUAAUCUGUUAUUUGAAUAAGGAUCGGAUUAACCACUAGGCGGCGUAGGCAACUGCCUAGCGAUGAAA